AUGAUAAACAUAAUAUGGCUAGCAAUAUCUGUUCUUUGGUUGAAACUAUUACCGUUCUCAACAGCCACGCCCAAAAGUGGUGAUGACGAUGACUUCCCGUUUACAACUGUGGUUGACUAUCUUUGGCAGAACGCAGAGUUUUCGACUUUCUUAAGAGUGUUACAGAAAGAUGGCCUUAUCCCUUACCUGAAUGAACUCGACAAUUUUACAAUUUUUGCCCCUAUUAAUUCCGCGUUUGCUCAAUCGAAUCAGAACACAGUUUUGGAUCAUUACUUACUCCAGAACCACGUUCUCGACUUCGAGAAGUACGGCUCAGGGACGCACGUUCUGACCCUAAACGAUAGCAGACCUCAUUUAAUUGAGAAAAGAACAGACGGUGCCUGGAAGAUAAAUGGCGUUUCUGUUCUAAAAGAAAUUCUCAAGCCAUCAAUGCAGAACGCGGUCCUUUAUAGCAUUACAUCUUUGAUUUCUGGUACCCUGGAGUUGGAGGACCUCAUAGAAAAAUCAGCAAACAUUUCGUCAUUUUCUAUGCUUCUUGAUAGGGUUGUCUUUGGGAACCUUCAAGUUUUUGACAACAAAACUCUCAUAAUACCCAAAGACUCUGCGUUCAACGCAUCGUUCAACGACAUAGAACUUGAGUACCUUUUGGGCCCAACUGAUACCGCGAUUUCAAAUCCCCACUUAUUGAAAACGUAUAAAAACAGAAAGAAGGACCAAAACUUUCUAUUUGAGAGGCUGCUUGUUGACGGCAUUCUCGGCGGCGAUAUUAACAAAACUGAUGCUUUGAAUCUCGACAACGAGCUCUUGAAUUUCGAGUCACACGAAAACGGUACAGUAAUCUCUGUGAACAACACGUUUUCUGCUUUGAGCAAUCAACUAUAUACCAAGGGCAUUGCGCAUAUGUUCUCAAAGCUAGACUUUUUGCCAAGUCAUCUAAGUUUUACCGCUGAAAAGUACCUCAUCGGUUUAGGGGCAGAUCGCUUCGUAGAAGAGAUUUAUAUGCGGAAGCUUGAUCACCUCAUCAAUGGUGCUCACGACAGAAAUCUUACCAUUUUUGUGUCAGUCGAAUCCAGCAAUGAGGGCUCUGGUUUCUCGAAGAGCAGUCUACUUUACCAUUUUGUUGACGACCAAGUCGACUUGACGGAUUACGCGCUACCGACUUCUUCGAAGCGGCUUUACGACACAAUGUUUUGUUCCUCCAAUAAGAGGCUAGGGGGCGAAUGCCAACGCCUAAAAAUUGAAAGAAGUUCAAGAGGCAAGCAACGUGUCUUGAUAAACGGAAAAUACUGCCUGAAAAGCCUAGAACCUAUCAAGGUCGGCAAUACUUCUAUCUAUUUAUUGGAAAAUGAUGUCACCCUCCCGGCAGACCUUUUGUCAUCAAUAGAUCCCUUUUCAGGGUGCUCAAAAUCUCUUCAUUUCCUUGAUGAACUGAACCUUUUGGAGCUCAGGCCAAAUAACCAAGGGUACACUGUUCUUUUGCCCUGUUUUGACUCUUGGGAUUAUUUUGAUCUUAAUCUCGAUUACCUCGAGCAUAACAUAACUGCCCUCAACCUAAUUAUGAAAAACUAUAUUCUCAAUGGGCUUAUUUACACAGACAGCAAAGAGCAGACUCUCGAGACGAGAAAUUUCUAUAAUGAACUCAUACAGGUUGAGAUUCUAGGCCGCGAGAGCGAUAGCUCUCAAUUUGCUAUGAACUUGAGCACAGUCGCAGGGCCAGUAACUCUUAAGAAUGGUGCGGACACUUUUUUCGAUCGAGGUGUGCUCCAUCCAAUGGAAAGAGUUUUUUUUCCUAAAUCGCUUGAUAUUACUUUGCUCAACCUGCUGGAGACGACGAAGUCGUUUGAAUUUCUAAGUUUCUUAGAGAAUUUUCCUGAGUUUGAUAAUAUUGUGCAUCAAGGAAAGCCAUCCUCAAUUUUAGUACCAACCUCACAAUCUUUGCUGCUUGAUGAUAUAAGCUUGGACUCGUCUAGAUUGAAGGAGUUUCUGGAAUUGCAUAUUAUCCCAGCCAACUCAACCGAAGCGCUAUUGAACUGCCAAUCAAAUAUACAAACCUUACAUGGCGAGUACCUACAAUGUCGUGAGAGUUCUUCAAACACGCAUCUUUUAAGGUUCAAAAGCGGCCUGGAUAAAGAAGUCCGGGUUCUUCGAAAGGGCUGUGCCUCUACUGAUAACAACACUUGUGUAUUUGUGAUCGAUCAACCUUUAUCUCUAAGCUGGCUGGACCAAGCGAGAUAUCAGAUUGGGCUUCCGGGUAUUGCGUUUGCAGUGGGUAUGCUACUAGGUGUUCUUGGUAUAUUCAGUCUUUUGAGUUGCACUUUGAUGUUAUUUAUGAGAAGGCGCAACGUUGAAGACCGGGGUAGCGGGCAGGUUUACAACGAGCAAGAAGGGCUUUUGAGUUCGCAGCCGCAGCCUCAGCAACCUUAUUCAUCGAUGAAUAUGAGCACGCCACCCCCGACAGCAGCUCAAAGAAAUUCAUCCAAAAACGAUACCAACUCGAGGUCAAGAAUAUUUGAAAAUUCUUACUCUAUGCAUUCCUCGAGAAAUCCAGUAUCCAUUCAGCAAAACAGAGGUUGA